UGAGCUUAAGAGACAUGUAUUAAUGCAGUAUAAGCUAUUUUCGAAUAUUCCAUUAGGCGGGUUUGCGCUAGUGACUUCUGCUUACAGUGAUAAACUCUAUUUCGUCGCGUCCUCCAGACCAUAUCUGGCUUCCGCUUCUACCAGAUUCUUUCCUUCUUUCUCUUCUGUUCAUCAUCAGCUUCUUCAUUCCGCAAUCCAUACUUUCCAAUUUCCAAAUUUCCAAUGUCUCGAUCCGUCAACUUUACUCAAAUGUCGGCUGCUUGCAGUCGUGGGCUAACUAGGUCCCACAUCUCUCCUAUUUCUCAUCUCCCUUCCACUCCUGUCCGCCAUCCCAUUCCUCCUUCUACUCCUGUUCGUCGUCCUCAUCGCUUCCGUGGCCGUCCAGUGGACGAAGCUGCCGCGGUCGUUAGUUCUGAUUCUCCUCUAAUGGGUUAUAUCCCAACGCCAAUUCAGGCUCCUGUCUUCUCUCCUAUUCGCUCUCCUUUCUCGCCAUGUGGCUCCUUCCCUGCUACCCCUUCCACCCCCCCUACCAAGCAUUUCAUCUCGCCUAUCAAGGAUAGCGAGGGUGCCCGUGAAAGAAGACGGGAAUCACGCCCUAGCCCAUUAACAUCUCUUCUAGCUUCCAAAGGUAUCGAACGCGAAAUCAUCCCGAGGCCUCGUGCCCUGUGCCCCGAGUGCACUAAAGUCAAGAUGCUACUUCCAGCUAGAUGGUGCGGUCACCAAGUAACCCGUAAGUAGCUAGUCGCUUCAUUUCUCUGUCCAUUCUCUGCAUUUCCCCUGCCGCCCCUUUUUCUAUUCUUUUCUUCUCC